AUGUGCGCGUGCCAAUUGUUCGCGUUUACGGCAGUCGUGUACGUCCUGUCCACGUGCUGCGGGGUGCACGUCAUACGCGCGGCCACCUGCCGCGGCGGCAGGCGUACCGCUUGUCACCGCUACCCCGGCGGCCCGUUGUCCGAACCCGUGACCACUCGAGACUCCGACUCUGCGGAAGGCCUGCGCCACGACGGUGGCCACCCUUCGCAGACGUGCGCCGACAACCAAGUGCCCUACCGACGCAGGAAGAUCAGAUCCGCCGCGCCACUGUUACAGCGGUCUGAACCACACGAAUCGGAAUUGUUCAAAAGCGUUACCGAUAACAACCCCGAAGACUUAUUAAAAUCGUCUGACUCGGACCUGGACGAGCCAUUGGACUAUAAAGAGAAUUCCUAUUUUCCAGUCCGAGUGGGAUCCGUCAUCAACGACCGUUAUCACAUAAUAAAAAAACUAGGUUGGGGUCAUUUCUCAACAGUUUGGCUCUCUUGGGACGACGUGGCACACAACUUUUCAGCUCUCAAGGUCGUGAAAUCCGCAGUUGACUACACAGAAAGUGCGUUGGAUGAAAUACGAAUGUUGAAAAGCAUAUAUCGUCACCGAGAUUUGGAUACGAACCGUACAAAGAUCAUUCAGUUGUUCGACGAUUUCCGAAUAGACGGUUUGCGGGGUAUGCACGUGGUCAUGGUAUUCGAGGCGCUGGGACCCAAUUUACUUAAGCUCAUCAAGAGGACCAACUAUCAGGGGAUACCUCUGUACUUGGUGAAACAUAUCAUCAGACAAGUGCUGCAAGGGCUCAAGUACCUUCACGAGACUUGUCACAUAAUUCACACGGACAUCAAGCCUGAGAAUAUAUUGAUUUGUGCACAACACCAAUACAUAAAGCUAACAGCCGAAAACAGUUGCAAACAAAUGUCCAUACUGAGCUUACGCAACAGAAAAUGUGGAAAAAAUACCGCCGAUGAAAGAUUACAGGGUAAUUAUCGAUUAGACGGAAUUCGAUCGGAACAAUCGUUGGACAUGGAAAGCGAGAGUUAUGCCGAAUCAAAUUGUUAUUUUAGAAAAAUUAGUAAGUUCAAAAGAUUAUACGAAUUGUUGGACGAUUUGGGAAGUGUAAAUAUCAAAAUAGCUGAUCUUGGUAACGCUUGUUGGGAGGAUAAUCACUACACAGAAAACAUUCAAACUCGUCAAUACCGAAGUCUGGAGGUCCUACUAGGUGCUGGAUACGGCACACCUGCAGACAUUUGGAGCACAGCUUGUCUGGCAUUCGAGCUGGCUACUGGUGAUUUUUUAUUCGACCCACACUCUGGGGCCACUUACAACAAAGACGAAGACCAUAUAGCCCACAUAAUCGAGCUCUUAGGCCAGAUACCGAUGUACGUGAUUCAAAGCGGCAAACACUCCAGCAGCUUUUUCAGGACCAACGGCAAUUUGAAGCACAUCAGUAACUUGAAACCGUGGUAUCUGUACGACGUGUUGACAGAGAAAUACGAAUGGAACACGAAGGAGGCCAAAGCAUUCUCGUCGUUUCUGACACCAAUGUUGGACUUGGAUCAGGAUAAUCGAGCUUCGGCAACCCAAUGUCUCUUAAACCCGUGGAUGUUGGCAUAA